AUGCGCAGUUUUUGUUGUUGUUUUUAUCCGGCUGCUGUGGCGUUGCACUGCGUAUUACUGUUUUUUCCUCUCUUUUUUUUUUCUUUACUUUUUAGAGCGUCCGCGUUGCGGCGACGCGUUGUACGCGGUUCGAAAGGUAGCACAGCACUGCCGCUCUGCCGCCAAUUCGAUCAGCUGAGCGCCAGCCGAGAGCGAGCCGAAGAGUGCCGAACGACGCAACGCGCUCUCCGCCCUACCACUACCACUGCACUACCACUCAGUAGCUGUGCGCUGGUGUGCUGUAAACGCUUUUACAUUCCGCGCCCGAAUUUUUCGUGUUUCCCUGUUUUCCCUGUGGGCCAUCGUUUCGCUGCUGCUCGGUCUCGGUUUGGGCCAACACUUGUCGCCUCUUGGCCAUUAUGCAACGACAGCGAAACGAAGGGGCUCACGGGGCUCGCGAAGUGGCCAAGCUGCUCGCUGAUUGGUCGGUGGUCAGCGCCACGAGGCCACCCGAAGCGCGCUCUCUCUCGCGAGAACUCGAUAGCUCUCUCCGCCGCUCUUUUGGGAGAAAUGCGAUAGAAUAGAAAAGCCAAAACACUAGAACAAUCCAGAAGCCAAG